UAUUUUAAUCAGAAUCAGGCUAAUCAAUCAUUUCCUUCAUCUACGUUCUCACACUCUUCAAUCCUAUCAGAGCUUUUACUCCCCAUCAAUGGGUACCGCUCAGAGCCGUGAUGGCCAUAUCUCAGACUCUGAUGAUUACGAAGAAGAAGACGAUCGCGAGGUAGAAGAAGAGAAUGAGGAGCAUUACGACGAUGCUCAAGCUGAGCUACAACCAAAAUCCCAUUCUUUUUCGACGCCUAAAUCCAGAAUUGCCUCCGGUUCAGCCUCCAUUGACGAUGUCGACGCCAAGCUUAAUGCCCUGAAGCUCAAGUACUCCUCCCCUUCUCCCUCUUCUACUUCUUCCCAGAACCCUAAUUCGAAGAACGCUGUCAAACUCUACCUCCAUAUCGGCGGGAAUACUCCCAAGGCCAAGUGGAUCGUCUCCGAGAAGUUCACCUUCUAUGACUUCUUCAAGAUGUCCAGUGGCGAUCGUGAUGAUGAGGAUGAGGAAGAGGAUUACGAUGAAUCGGACGGUAAGGGACACUGGUUUCUCAAGGUUGGGACUAAGAUUCGAUGUAAGGUUGCUACCGAUAUGCAAUUAAAGAUGUUUGGCGACCAGAGGAGGAUCGAUUUCGUAUCCAAGGGCGUUUGGGCGUUGAAAUUCUACACUGACGAGCAGUACCGGCGGUUUGUGACGGAAUUUCAGGAUUGUUUGUUUGAGAAUGUGUACGGGCUCAAGGCGACGGAAGAGAACAAGGUCAAGAUUUAUGGGAAAGAGUUUAUGGGGUGGGUUAAGCCCGAGGUGGCGGACGAUUCGAUGUGGGAGGAUACAGAUGAUGAGCUGCAAAAGAGCCCCGGUCCGGUGACGCCUGCACGGUCCAAUCAAGACUUGUUGGAGGAGUUCGAGGAGGCCUCAAACGGAGGGGUUCAGAGCUUGACCCUGGGCGCUUUAGAUAAUAGUUUCUUGGUGAGCGAUAAAGGUGUUCAAGUUUAUAGGAAUCUCAGGCAUGGUAUUCAUGGGAAAGGAAUCUGCGUAAAAUUUGACAGUGGGAAUUCGCGUGGAGGUUCCAGUUUGGGGCAAUCGACUCCGAAUAAGGCCCUUCUUAUGAGAGCCGAGACUAAUAUGCUCCUCAUGAGUCCAUUCAAGGAAGGGAGCCCUCACACCACGGGGCUUCAACAGCUUGAUAUCGAAACGGGGAAGAUUGUCACCGACUGGAAGUUUGAAAAGGAUGGUACCGAAAUUACAAUGAGGGAUGUCACAAAUGAUACUAAGGGGUCACAACUGGAUCCUUCGGAAUCGACGUUUUUGGGGUUGGAUGAUAACAGGCUUUGUCAAUGGGAUAUGCGUGAUCGUAGAGGAAUUGUUCAGAACAUUGCGUCUUCGAAUUCUCCUGUGCUGCAUUGGAGCCAGGGUCAUCAGUUUUCACGUGGGACGAAUUUUCAGUGCUUUGCCACUACCGGAGAUGGGUCUAUUGUUGUUGGGUCUCUUGAUGGGAAGAUUCGUUUGUAUUCGAAGACGUCAAUGAGGCAGGCAAAGACUGCUUUUCCAGGGCUUGGUUCUCCCAUUACUAAUGUUGAUGUAACUUAUGAUGGGAAGUGGGUGUUAGGAACUACUGAUACUUAUUUGGUUCUUAUCUGCACUCUCUUCACCGACAAGGAUGGAAAGACAAAGACUGGAUUUAGCGGUCGGAUGGGUAACAGGAUACCGGCUCCUAGAUUGCUGAAGCUAACUCCUCUGGAUUCACAUUUGGCUGGCACAGACAAUAAAUUUCAUGGUGGCCAUUUCUCAUGGGUUACUGAAAAUGGUAAACAAGAGCGGCAUCUGGUUGCAACAGUGGGCAAGUUCAGUGUGAUUUGGGACUUCCAGCAGGUGAAGAACAGUGCGCACGGAUGUUACCGGAAUCAACAAGGCCUUAAGAGCUGUUACUGUUACAAGAUUGUACUGAAGGAUGAAUCCAUUGUAGAGAGUCGUUUCAUGCACGAUAAGUUUGCUGCCAGUGACUCCUCCCCUGAAGCUCCAUUGGUGGUUGCAACUCCAAUGAAAGUCAGCUCAUUCAGUCUUUCUGGAAAAAGAUGAUUUUGCCUUUUGCCUUUUGCUUUCGGCAAUGUUGUUCAUUCAAGAUUUCACUUAACAUGGUGGACCUUCUCUUCGUGUGUAAUUAAUUACAUUGGUUUCUCUCUCAUUGGGCGUCUAGUUUGUUCAAUAGUUCUAAUCUGUUUUUCUAUGCCUUUUCUUGUACCUAGUUGAGUUUGUUUCUCUUUUCUGCACUUGUAAAUCGCAGUAGGGUGCUUUUCAGUGAUGAGUUGGGACUUUUUUAGUGUGUCAUUCCUGAAAUUUUUACUAUUCAAUUUUAGUUAUUUCGUUUC